AUGGCUGAGAAAGAGAAGAAAGAAAAGAAGGAGAAGAAGGAGAAGGAUUCCAAAGAAAAGAAAGAGAAAAAGGAUGACAAAGAGGACAAGAAGGAAAAGAAGGAUAAGAAGGAGAAGCGACGAGAUGAAGGCGGUCUAGACCUAUGGUCAUCCACUGUUGACACUACGGGUGCCAAUGCCUACGGUGCCAAUGCCUACGGCGGCCCCAAGGCGCCACAAGACAAACGAGAAAAAGAGAUGGCCAGGGAGAAGGAGACCAAGAAGGACGCAGAGACGAAGAACCUCAUAGGAGUCAGCGACGUGAUCCAAGAAACGCUCAACAAACAGAAGGAGGCUAAGAAGGAGGAAGCCAGGAAGGAGGCAGAAAAGCGGAACAAGGCAAUAAAAGCAGCGCGAAAGGAACAAGAAUCAAAAGAUGAAGCCGAUGAUUACCAGAUCAUGGACAAAAGUGGUCUUGGGAACUUCAUGGAAAAAGGCGACGUCAUGGAGAUCAUGAAGAACACAGUGCAAACAGCUGUGUCACAAGCAGGCUCACGUUGUCAGGUGUCAACCAGAACGGUUAUGGAUGACAAGCUCUACACCAAUGCACCAGCCAAAUUUGAAUCCCUGGGUGAUUUGAAGGCUGUGAAGGGCUUCAUCUUCAUCCGAGGGCCAAAAGAGGAGCCGGGAGUCAAGCUGACUCUGCAGCGGCCAGCAACGGUCUACGUGGCCUUGAGCAAGGCUCCAAACGAGGAUGAUCCGUUUCUGAGGAGAUGGGAGGCAGUGGGUACCGACUUCAAUGUGCCUGAGUUCCCCGACGACAUCGCGCCCGUACAUGAGGUCAGAAGGAAGGUGUUCUCCGAUCCAGACAACAGAAAUAUCGAAGUGCCAAAGCCGCCUUCCGGCCUGGAAACCUGCCUUGUCUUCGUCAUGCCAGAUUUUCACGCUGACCUGUAUGGCGAGGCGAAGCUGUCCGAAGAAGAGCUUCAAGAAAAGGAGCGUGCAGAAGCUGCUGCCAGGCGUGCCGGCAGGGCUUCUGCAUCCAGCUCUGCCAAGGAAGCGCCGUCCAAAGCUGAUGAGCUCGAGGCGAUCCUAAAGAAAGUUGAGGCAGGCGAAAAGCUGUCAAACAAGGAAAAGAGAGCCUAUGACAGGCAUCAGGAAAAGAAUGUCGUGUACAAGAACGAAGAUGACGAGCCAGUCGGUGGCCUGAACGCUUUCAGCAUCAUCCUUGAGGGUGGCAAAAAUGAGCCGCCGCCUUCCGGCGACGCGUUCGUCUGCAACAACUUCACGCUCUCUGCGCCGAAGCAGACAUUGUUUGACAACGCCAGCAUUACCAUCGUCCAGGGCCAUCGCUAUGGCAUCCUAGGGCCAAACGGCCAGGGCAAGACCACGCUUUUGCGCCACAUAGCUGCGCGCGAGAUGCCUGUGCCAGUGAACUGGGACGUCAUUCUUGUGGAGCAGGAAGCCAAGGCAACAGACCGCUCUGCCGUUGAAGAAGUCCUCGCGGCGGACGUGAGGGCCGCGGAGCUCAUAAAAGCAGAAGAGGAGCUCCUCCAAAAGUUGGAGGACAUGGAGAAAGCGAUGGAGGGUGGAGAAGAGGUUUCAGCAGAGGAAGUGGAGAGGAUGCGCUCCGAUCUCGAAAACACAUCCGCCGAGCUUGAGGCAAUUGGCGCAGACUCAGCGGAAGCAAGAGUGCGAAAAAUCUUGUGCGGCCUCGGGUUCACAAACGGACAUCCAGAUGAGGAUCGCUUUUCAAUGGACAGGCCAGUGGUGCAGUUCUCCGGAGGAUGGCGAAUGAGAAUUAGUUUAGCGAAGGCGCUGUUCUUACAGCCAAAGCUGCUCAUGCUAGAUGAGCCGACAAAUCACUUGGAUUUGGAUGCAGUUUUGUGGCUGGACACCUACCUGUCCGAGCACUAUCCGCACUCUGUGGUUGUAGUGUCGCACGAUGCCGACUUCCUCGAUAGCAUCUGUACAGACAUUUUGCAUUUGGAGGACAGAAAGCUUGUGCAUUAUCGUGGUGACUACACAGCCUUCAAGAAGAUGCACCUGCAGAAGCGGGCGACGUUGGACAAAGAGUACAAAAAACAGCAGGACGAGCUCAAAGCUUUAAAGAAGAAGGGGAAGACCAAGGAUGAGGCUGAAGCGCUGGUGAAGGCUAAGUUUGGAAUUGAUGCCUUAGAUGGACUUAUGGAGAAGCAGAAGGACUAUGUCGUAAAAUUCAAGUUCACGGGCCAUGGAAUGGACAGAUCUCUUGGCCUGAAUGUCUCUGACGUUGCUUUCAGCUACAAUGGGAAAGAGCCUUGGCUUCUCGAAGAAGUUGAGAUGGGCGUGGACUGUGGAUCGCGCAUUGCAAUAGUUGGCCCUAACGGUGCCGGAAAGUCCACCCUCCUAAACCUGAUGAUGCAACACUUGGAGCCCUGCUCUGGUGAUGUCACCGUGUCAAAGGGGAUUCGUAUUCGUCAAUACCACCAGCAUUUUGAAGAGCUUUUGCCCUUAGAUAAGACUGGUGUGGAGUACCUUUCCGAUGAGUUCAACCUUGGCCCACCAGAGAAAGCGCGUGCUGUGCUAGGACAGUUUGGUCUUCCAGGAAGCUCCCACUUCACCAAAAUCGGGAAUUUGUCAGGAGGCCAGAAGGCUCGUGUGGCUUUUGCAGCAUUGAUGCUCAUGGAGCCACACAUCAUCAUCUUGGACGAGCCUACCAAUCAUUUGGACAUCGAGUCUGUCGAAGCCCUGACCACGGCCAUUUCCAACUUUAAUGGUGGCUUGGUACUGGUAAGCCAUGAUGCCCGAUUGAUCACUGAAGUUGACUGUGAGCUCUGGGUUUGCGAAGAUGGCGGUUGCUACCGUUUCGAGAAGGAUUUUGACGGUUACAGGGACAAAGUCUUGCACCAGCUUGAAGAACGUCAGGCCGAAGUGGAGCGGAUGGAGCAAAAACGCCGUGAAGAGAGGGCGAAGAAGCGCGCGAAGCACGUCUCAGAAGAGCAGCUUAAGCUCGCCAAAGAUCGGAAGUCCGCGGAGGUAGCUAAGCAAAAGCAAGAGCAGGCAAGCGCUGUUGCCAAGCCGAGCGAGCCCAAGGAGGAAGAUGAUGAGGAUGAUUGA